AUGGCUUGUCAAACACCUAACCCUGUUGCUGAAACUCAUCUCCAGACCCCUUCUCCCUUUGAAAUUGUUAAUCUCACCUCUUCUCUUUCUUCUCCUCCCCCUGCACUUCCCUUGCAAAGGAGAUUUGGCGCGGAGUUUAACCAGAAGGAACAGGAAAUCAGAACGUUAAGAAAACAGUUAGCCCAAGUUGAAGCGGACCUGCGAAAGCCAACAGAGGCUCCUGUUUCUUACAGCCCAUUUUCCACUCUAAUGGCCCAUAAUCCUUUCCUUCCUACUCCUGAACCUGCAUAUUCCCCUUUCGGCCCUUUUAACUACUCAUAUGAACCACCUUCAACCACAUAUCACCCAUCUCCAUUGUUCAGACCUACUCCAACACCUACCAGAUAUGAGCCAAAAAGUCCAUCUUCUUCGGAAGAAUCCCAUCCACCUAAAAGAAAGAUUGAUAAGGGAAAGGACAAAAUGUAUCUUGAUCUUCCUCCUCAGCAUAUGGUGUCUAUACCCUCUGAACCAGAUGAUGACUCUUCUGAUAACUCGUCUGAUGAUAGUGAGGAUGGACAAAUGGAUAUCACGACAUUGCUUAUGGCUGAUCCUCAACCAACUACAUCUCAAACAGGCCCUUCUCCAACUACAGAUUCCACCAGUGGCACCACAGGUCCUCCCACUGGACCUCCUCAAACCCAAGACCCACAUGUGGAAAUGCCAGAAGAUGAUCCAAUCCUGGAUUUUAAUCUCCCAGGCGCCCCACAUCAAUCCAGGCCCAACUCAGGCCCAUGGUUCACUAGACGACAUUCCUCCCUCAAAAUAGAGAGAUCGUCUCGCAGAAUUUAA